GGCUUGAUAUGAAGUUUUUUACUUCCUGUUUUUGGUUUUUUCCUUUUUUCUUAUUGGUCAACUGACCAAACAUUGACCCUUAGCCUGAAAGUCUCUUUGUUUUCCCACUGUGAUGUACUGCCCUUUGCUUUCCCAAAAACCACCAAUCAAAUCUAAGACAUGCAUGAAUUAUUAUAAAAUAAAAUAAAAUAAAAAGUUCAAAUUUUGUUUAAUAAGUAAGCAAGAAUUUGGAGACAUCAAUUAGUGACAAUGGGUCUGAUCAACAUUCUUUUGGUUUCAGCCAAAAUUUUGCUCUCUUGUUCUUUCUGGAUAUUUUGCAGACCAUCAGUAACAUUGCUGUGUCCUUUAUAUGCAUCAAUUCGGGCGAUAGAGAGUGAUAAAACAUCCAGCUACCAAAAUUGUCUUCAAUAUUGGGUAAUAUUUGGAUUAACCACUGUCUUGGAAUUGACUCUUGCAAAGCCUUUGACAGGGUUCUCGUUUUGGCAUUAUGCAAAAGGACUAGCAUCCCUCUUGCUCGUACUGCCUCAGUUUGGUGCUGCUUCUUAUGUGUAUAAGAACUUUGUUAAGCCAUGUCUUUCCCCAAAUCCACCCAUAGAAAAGAUCACAGAAAAGGACGAGUGCAUGGCCAUGGAGUGCAGCAAUUAUAUUGAUGCAGCACCCGGACAUGUUGAACAGGAUGAAAAGGACAACCUGCAAAGUUUCGUCGUUUAUGAGGCUGCAUCUUCUCUUACUUGUGCUCGGACAAUUUAUCCUAAGAAAGUUCAAAUGGACUGGAGCUGCGCUCUCUGUCUGGUGUGCACUUCCAGUGAAAAAUGUCUAAAGCAACACAUUCAAGGCAGGAGGCACCAAUUGAAGGAAGAAGAAGAAGAAAGGAAACAUGAAAUGAUGGCAAGUAAAGUAUCUAGAUUUGCCUCAACAUUAGAGGGAAAUUAUUUCACAGAUUUAUUUGAGAGUUUGAACCGGUUAAAGCCUGUGAAGUUUGUGGAAUUAAGAGGCUUUAAUUUGCCAAUCAGAAAACCAGUUAGGUGCUGCACGUGGAAAAAGCCCCAGAUUGGAUGGAUAAAACUAAAUACGGAUGGAUCUAAAAACCGAAAAAGAGCUAGUCUUGGUGGUUUGCUUCGUGACGAUGAAGGUGUUCCUAUAUGUGCUUGCAUCUCUAAGGUUUCAUGUGAUGAUAUUUACUUGGUAGAAUUACUGGCUAUAUGGAGAGGUCUUAAACUUGCUCUCAAUUUCGGGAUCAAAAUGAUAUGGGUAGAAUCUGACUCGAUGAGUGCUGUGAAAGCUAUUAACAAAGAGCAGCCAUAUAAUCAGAAGGCUAGUAGCUGCCUCCAACACAUUUGGAAAAUGUUGAGGAAGUUUCAGAAGUACCAAGUCACUCAUUCAUGGCGUGAAACGAACCGAGCUGCUGAUUAUUUAUCAAAGAUGGAUAUAUCAGGAAGUGACAUCGUUAUGUGGCCUACAGAUUUUCAUAAUUCCCUUUGCAAAAUUAUUACAGAAGAUGCUCAAGGAAGCUGUUACUUUAGACGUUAAUCGAUAAGCCCAUCAAACGUGGCUGGGGAAAACCAUAUUUAAGACGGGAUUUAGAAUUACAACGUACAAGAGGUAUAUAUGCCUGGAAAGUUGCAGGCUUGCUGUACAUUAUAAGGUAAGUAAUUUUUGUUUCCAAAACAUCGGUGGUGCCUAGGCCAACUUGUACACACGCGGACUAAUACACUGGGUACCUGCUACCUUCUACUAGUACCAGGUAAAGUAGAUAUGUUUUAUCUCUGAAGGAGGACUCGAAGGUCCCAGUUGCAAAUAUGUUCACUAAUGCAUCUUAAUCUUAUGAUGUGCUUCUUGUUAAUAAGUUUCUAAUCAAAUUUUUCAUUGAUAGCCU